UCCGGCAGACCAAAUCGCCAAAAAAAAACAGAUGUUAAUACGUAACAGACGUUUUGGAAGUAAUUAAAAUUUUGAUUAUUCUUUAAUUUUUGAGCACCCCUAAACAAUAUCGAAAGAAAAUUGAAUUGAAAAAUAUUUUCACUAAACAAGGACACCAAUCAAAUAGCUAAAUUUAUUAAAUAGUAGUCUGAAAUAAACUCGGAAGUUACAUCAACACGUUUAGGGUUACUUUUGGUCAAUAGUACCAAAGAGUUCGGCUAUGUGAUAUAAUGUCUCGAAAGAGGACGUGGCCAAGCACUGAAGAGGAAAUGGAUUCGAAAAUACGAGAAGGCGGAGGCACUGAAAGUCAAAACGGAAGCACUACCAGCUUCAACAGUAGCACAAGUCAAGUUACAAUAGAGCCAUUACCGUCGCUACGACACGCGGCCCCGUUCAGUACGGAUCCCAUGGCGUUGGCUGAACGGGAUUCGUGUCACUACGGGCGGAUACCACGCGCCGCGGCACUGGCCGGCACCGCGGGCCGCAAGGUCAGGGUCUACUCGGACGGGAUCUACGACAUGUUCCACCAGGGGCACGCGAGGCAAUUGCAACAAGCGAAAACCGUCUUCCCUAAUGUUUAUCUAAUCGUAGGAGUAUGUAGUGACCAGCUGACGCACAGUCGCAAGGGCAGGACGGUUAUGACCGAAGAUGAGAGGUACGAAGCCGUCCGACAUUGCAGAUACGUUGAUGAGGUCGUAAGAGACGCUCCGUGGGAGUACGACGAAGAGUUUCUGGAGAAGCACAAGAUCGAUUUUCUAGCACACGACGACAUCCCGUACACGACCGAGGACUGCGAGGACACGUACGCAAUGAUCAAAGCGAAGGACAUGUUCGUGGCGACGCAAAGGACCGAAGGUGUUUCGACAUCGGAUAUAGUCGCGAGGAUAGUACGCGACUACGAUAUAUACGUUAGAAGGAAUUUAGCGCGUGGAUACUCGGCCAAGGAGCUCAACGUUUCAUUCUUAAACGAGAAGAAAUUUCGACUACAAAACAAAAUGGACGAACUUAAAGAUAAAGGAAAAAAGGUCAUGACGAAUAUUGGUGAAAAACGCGUAGAUAUUCUAACGAAGUGGGAGGAGAAGUCUCGGGAGCUCAUCGACGCCUUUCUGCUGCUGUUCGGCCCGGACGGGCGCCUCUCUAACAUCUGGGAGUCCUCCAAGGGCCGCCUCAUGCAGGCGCUCAGCCAGCCGCCCUCGCCGCGGGGCUCGCCGCCGCCCAGCGAGAACGGAGACCACUCGCCCUUGUAUAGAAGUUCGGUGUCUCCUCCCCCAGCGAAGGCGCGGCGUCGGGAGCCGGACUGGGAGACGCACGCAGGUAACUGGAUGCAUCGGGCUCUGAGUGCUCUGGCGACGCCACGACGCCAGCGACGCGCCAGCUGACCGACCUCACGGACGACGGCUCCGACAGCGACGACGACUACCAGGACUCCAGCCCCUACCUGUAGGCGCCGCACUCUCCGACAACACGGAUCGUAAAUUAACGUAUUUUUGUACGUAAACUCGUCCCCGGAACAGCGGCAUCUGGUGUCGUGAUGCGAGUUUCCGUCAGCCCAAGGAGGCAGUGAUAUACAGCCUCCGCCACAGACUAGUUCCACCUCGGAGUCGCCUACGCUGUGCAGUAUAGUGUGCGUGUGUAACACCUCAAUGUGCGAGUGCGGUUGAGUACAAUGGAGUGGAUGUGUUUAAUCCUAUUAGUUUAUAAUUUGUAUUUAUUGUUUUUAGGACUUUUUUUUAAUUUUUUUUCGUUCUCAUUGGAAAUUGCAGAUUUCCUUAUAUUUUUAUUCGCACCUAGUACACGAUGUAAAUUUUGGUGCAGAAAAAAAUAUUUCAUAGAUAUUAUUUAUAUAAAAUGAUACUUUUUAAUGGUCGAUUAAAAGGUGCUUAUGAAAUACAAAUUUGUUAUUUAAUAUACGUAUCAGUAUCUCAUUCAG